AUGUUCGCCCCCGCCGCGCCCCUCCGGCUGCUCACCCUGACCACGAUCUCGCACGACGACGUCGUCCCCGGGGAGGACUUCCACCUCACGCUCGCGCUGCACGCGAAGGACGCGGCGGGGGCUCCGCGCGAUUCGAAUCUCUCAUCUUCCGCGUCGUCGUCGUCCGCGACGACGACGCCUCCGCCUCCGCCUCCGCCUCCGGUCGCCGUCCGCGAGAUUCGCGUCGCGUGGCACGGCGUCGAGCGCCUAGACCCCGCGCGCGUCAAGCGCAGGGACGGGCACAGACGCGAUGGGACAGGGCUCGGGCCCGGGGAGCGCUUCAUCGCGCGGUCGCCCGUCGGCGUCGUCGCGCGCGACGUGAUCGUCCCGAUGGAUCAGACGCGCGCGUUUCGCGUCGGCGCGAGGCUGCCGCCGGGGAUCCCGCCGUCGUACGACCGCGGCGGAAUAACGCGAAUCAAGUACUACAUGUCGUUCACCGCGAUCGUGACGACGGAACGCGGAGGUGGACCCUCGCGCGACGGCGUCGUCGAGCACGUGGUCGAGCUCCCCGUGCUCGCCGCGGAUGGCUUCGGCGAGAGCGGCGGCGGCGUCGUCGUCGGCGAGGGCGCGUCGCCGCCGCCGUCGCCGUCGGGACGCGAGGGAGGAUCCCUAGGGUUAACGUUACUCGACUUGGACGCCGCGCGCGAAUCCGGGAGCGUCGACGCGCCGCGAACGCCGCGGGUCGUGCCCCCCGCGUCGCCGACGCUCGCGGAGGCGGCGUCCCUGAGGAGCCCGCCGAGGAGCCCUCUCGCGUACUACGCGAGGAGCGGCGCGAACGGCGACGCGUCGUUCGACGCCUCGGCCGCGAAUCACGACCGGAUACCUUCGUUUAACAUAACCGUCGGGGAUGAGCGGUUAUUACGCGUGAUCGCGCGGCCGCCGCUGCCGCGCGUCCGCCCCGGGGACUGCGUCUCCGGGGUGUUCGAUCUCAGGGUCGAAAACGAAGACGGCGGCGAGGACGGGAGGCGCGACUUGGGGGGAAGGCGCGCGCCGCGGUGCAUUCGCGCGACGGCGACGCUCGAAUCCGAGGAGGCGGUGUCGACCACCGCCGGACACGUCGCGUUCGAAGACGCGGAGGCGAUGGGCGAGGUCAUCUCGAUCGUCACGCCCUGGGGUCACUCGGACGAGGACGUGAGGGACCUCAGGGAGUCGUGCUUCGUGUUGACCGUCCCGAAGGACGCGCCGGUGAGGUGCGUUCUUCUAUCUCACGCCGGUCCCCGUACGACCGCGUCGGCGCGGUGA